AUGGAGAAAUACAGGAAUGAAGAUAAGUUUCUAUUUCAAGAGGCUUGGAGUACCCAUAAUACAGUGAGCCCACCUUCCUGGUCCCCAGACAUUUCAGAAGGUCGGGAAAUUUUUAAACCCAGGCAGCUUCCUGGCAGUGCCAUUUGGAGCAUCAAAGUGGGCCGUGGGUCUGGAUUUCCAGGAAAGCGGAGACCUCGAGGUGCAGGACUGUCGGGGCGAGGUGGCCGAGGCAGGUCAAAGCUGAAAAGUGGAAUCGGAGCUGUUGUAUUGCCUGGGGUGUCUACUGCAGAUAUUUCAUCAAAUAAGGAUGGUGAAGAAAACUCUAUGUACACUAUGGUUGUGUUGUUUUCCAGCAGUGACAAAUUCACUUUGAAUCAGGUUUGA